GCGCGAGCUCGUCGACAAGGUUUUCGAAUAAUCCUUGAUAAAAGCCUUGAACGUUGCGGUAUCUAGGCACGAUGGAACUAUAAAAUCGCCAUUGCUGAGCUAAAUUUGCAGCCACUUACGCGAUGUUUUAUCCCUUCAAAAAUGACGGAAAAAUAUUCAGCUAAGAGUGGCACGCCCAAGUGGAUUCCCAACUUGAUUUUUUUCUCUCCCAGAGUUUGGUCUAACCGAAACAACCGGUUUUUGGUCUUCGAUCUACGAUCUUAGGAUCCAUUUUUUUCGGAGACUUUAAUGCACGAAAGAAACGUCUUCCCGACACGACGGCUUACAAAAAGAGAAACCGUUUAUGCCGCCAUGUUCUUUUAUUUAAGGUUUUCCGUGACUCAUAUUCCAGGGUAGCCGAUUAAAAUUCCAAGAAGAGAUUGUCCCGAUUGAGACAAAAUAUUUGAACGAUGCUCAACAUCGUUCAGAUUUAUGGUACACGGUAUCGUUACGGUUAUCAAAUUACCCAGAAAGCCUGCAUUGUGUUCCUUAAUAAUUAUCGAUCGACUGCCUACAAUAAUAGUGUUCUCUUGCAGUCCACCCAAGCCUAUUACUCACAAGAGAUUAAUAAGGAGGCAUUAAAAAAAUCCCCAUAAAAACUCCCGAUUUAAAUAGCUUUAAAGUACUCAUAAAAUAUUUCCCCGACAACUGAAUCUCGUUGCUAACUCCAAAAUGCCUUAAAAGUACAUUUCAACGUCCUUUCUGUAAUAAAAAAUCGGGUGGUUCAGAAAUUCUGUUCAAGAUGAAAAUUUUUAGUUAUAAAUUAUGAAAUAUAUCAAGACUAUGAAAAGAAAACUAUGAGCAGGUGUAUAGUUAGUUCAUACGCGUAUUAAGUGAUAAGGAGCGAUACGCGAAAUUCAAGGUGAAGGUAUGGUCGCAACUGCGGACAAGAAGAGGUGAGAGUGCUGCGAGUCGGCUGUUCCGCGACCAAGCGGAAAUACGUGGAAGCUGUAUCUUAUCUAGAAUCACCAUGGGACUUGGAGAACAUUGCCAGAUACAAGUGGCAGAUUGGGGAUCCGUUGAGAGCGAGGUAGUAAAAAAAUAUACGUUAACAAAUAGCAUUGGCCAAGAAGUGACCGUUAUUUCAUAUGGAGCAACAAUAACGACUAUAAGGACUCCGGAUAAAAAUGGACAAACUACAGACGUGGUACUUGGAUUUGAUAACAUUGAAGGUUAUCUCGCGAAGAACAAUCCCUACUUUGGCGCAACAAUAGGGCGGGUUGCAAAUCGCAUAGCCAACGCCCAGUUUAUUUUAGAUGGUGUUGAGUACAAUUUGUCUAAAAAUGUUGGAAAUGAUAGCCUCCAUGGAGGAAUAAAAGGUUGGAAUGCGCGAGUGUGGAAUUCUACGAUAGAAUCUAAUAAUGUCAUCAUGACAUUACUGAGUGAUGACGGAGAAGAAGGAUAUCCAGGAACUGUGAUUGCUUCUGCAAAAUUCUGCCUUACCGAAGAGGGACAACUUAUCAUUGAAAUGAAGGCUUUUACGACGAAGGCAACACCAAUUAAUUUAACGAAUCACAGUUACUUCAAUUUGGCAGGACAUGAUACCAACUCAAAGGAGCUCUACAAUCAUGUGUUUAAAAUAAAUGCUGAUCGUUGGACAGUGACUGAUUCAGAAAGUAUUCCCACAGGAGAGAUUAGAUCCGUGGAAAAUAGUGUGUUCGAUCUGAGACAUCCCACGGUCCUUGGUAAAAUUAUCUCUAGUGUACCAGGGGUUGGUUAUGAUUAUAACUUUUGCUUACUCGAGGAUAGCGAGGCAACAAAAGAAAGAUUUGUCGCGAAAGUUUUGCAUCCAGCUUCCGGCAGAUACUUGGAAGUGUUUUCUGAUCAACCUGGUGUUCAGUUCUAUACAUCUAAUUACUUUCCAACUACGAUCGACAGUGCAAUCAUAGGAAAAGAAGGCAAGAAAUAUUUAAAACACGGUGCAUUCUGCCUAGAAACUCAAAACUAUCCAGAUGCUGUAAAUCAUGCCAAUUUUCCAAAUAGCAUUUUGAGACCUGGCAAAAUAUAUUCUCAUACAGUUAUUUACAAAUUUGGAGUGGAAGCAUGAAUUUUAUUCACGUGGUUCCUUCUGUAUGCAUGCAAUAUGAACUUUAAAAUAAUGCAUUCUACGCAUAUAUUUCUUACCGAAUAAUCUGUAUAGUUGUCAUAUGUAUUUUUUAUAUUCUCAAUUUAUGAUUGCAAUGUUCAUAUUUAUGUUGAAUAUUCUGUAAUCAGAUAUUCGUGGACCAAUAAAAAAGCAAUGAAUUUAAUUGUCCAGAUAA